AUGGGGGUGCUGAUGUCCAAGCGCCAGACCGUGGAGCAGGUGCAGAAGGUCAGCUUGGCCGUCUCCGCCUUCAAGGACGGGCUGCGAGAACGGCCUGCUGCCAAGCGCAAGUCCGAAGGAGCUGCAAGCCGGCGGGGGACCAUCGAGGACGCAGUGCAAGAGCUGCAGGAGGAGGCAGCCCUGGAAGGGGGGUCUUCUUCAGGCCCCUCUCGGCAGGAGGACAGCAGGGUCCAGAGAGCUGCCUGGGAGAGGCUGCGGGAUGGCCGAGGCGUGGAGCCGGAGGAGUUUGACCGUGCCAACUGCUUCACGCCACCAGCUUUUGCCCGCCCCACACAGGGGAAGCAGGAUGACGAGCCCGUUGAGAUCAGCCUGGAGCAGAAGGAACAGGUGACCAAUGAUGAGAUGUGUGAAGUCUGUGAGGUGUGGACUGCAGAGAGUCUCUUCCCCUGCCGCGUGUGCACGCGUGUCUACCACGAUGGCUGCCUGCGCCGCAUGGGCUUCCUGCCUCAGGGCAAAGCCAGCGAGAGCAUCGAGGCGGCCCACACCGAGACAGGCUGGAGCUGCUACCUCUGUGACAACCUCAACCUUCUCCUCACAGAGGAAGAGAUGCGCACCCUGGCCAGAUCCUUCGAACAAAGCAAGGUCACCCCUGAGAGUCAGCUGAGCCUGGAUGAUUUCCUGCGCCACAAGCGCCUGGCUGGCCAGCCGGAGGGUGAGCAACGCCGUGGCGAGGAGCAGGAAGAACGGGAUGCCCUGCAGUUUGCCGCGCUGGACCCCGAGAAGAAGGGCCACGUCGAGUGGGCAGAUUUCCUCUCGCACGAGUCCCUCCUGCUGCUGCAGAGAAGCCGCACUCAGAACUGCCUGCUCCGCCUGCUGACGGGCAAGGAGAGAGAGAGGGCACGAGCCACCUUUCUGGCCCUGGACCAGCAGGGGGACGGGCUGCUCAGUGAGGCAGAGUGUCGGCGCAUCCAACACACGUGGGUCCGCAAGCGGCACAAGGAGACCCCCUCCUGCAACGUCAGCAUCAGCCACGUGGGCCCCAUGUCGGAGAGCAGCCCAGCCAGCAGCGGCAGCAGCGAAAGCCAGGAGAAGGUGCUGCUGAGCUCAGAGCUGGAGGAGCCAAGCCGGACUGUCGACUGGCCCACCUUCCUGAGAGAGAGCGCCAUCUACAUCCUUGCUGCGCGGCCCAACAGUCCCGCCAUCCACCUCAAGCCAUUGGCAUAA